AUGGUUCUCCAGGAGAUGCAAAUCGAUUUGACAUCACCAGAAUCAUGGUUUCAAGCAUCCUCUCCUGCCGACUUUUUAUUUGCUGUCCAGUCAAACCCAGGCCUACCAGAGAAGCAUCUAUCUCUUGUUGAUUCCGUUCGCAAAUUGUGCAAUGAUAGUCCAAAUCACAACACAGACUUUUUGGACGGUGCUAGCAAGCUAAAUCUAUUCACAAUCGCCACAGCGGUGCAUGGCCUUAUAUUUCAUCAAAAGUCCUCGCUCUACACCCUUCCACUUUCUGACAACCCGCUGGGCAAGGCGCUCGACCGGUUGGAGAUCGCUUGUAGAUCAAAUCAGCGCCAAGGACUAUCUACGCGGGCAUCGGGUGAUACAAGCUGUAUAGCCGAUGAGCAAGAUGGAUUUAUGCAGUACGCUGAUGAAUUUGCUGUCUUGGCACGUAUAUCUCUCGAAUUAUCAUAUUUCUCACCGACGGAAUGGUCGGGAUUUAUCGAGGGAUUUAUCGAGGGAUUGGCUGACAGCUCUUCUUGUGGUGCAUUUGCUACCUUUGAUCAAGCCGGCAUGGGCCCGAUUGGGAAUUUGAUGCUGGCGGUGGAAAACUUGAGCUUGAAUAGGUAA